GUCUCGCUCGUUGUCUGCAGCUAGCAAUUGGCAAAGCAAACCGAUAGCAACAACCAUCAUUGACUGUUGACUGUAGAGCCGCGGGGCAACGCUGCGAGGACAAGGUAAAAAGCAAAAGCGUUUUCGAUGACGCUGAAAAGUUGCGGACACUAAGCAGCAAGCGUGCAAAGCUCGACCGGCUGCGUUAGUCAAUCGGUGUCCGACCGAAACGAAAGAUCUCACAUUGGCCAAGGAAAAUUCUACGAAAAAAUCGUUAGCAUUUCCGCAAAUGCCAUUAGCUUAAUUUUAAUUAAAGAAAAAUCGACUAAUAUAAACGACUAGGCUACGGUAAUCUCCUUUGUAAAAACAGACGACGAAUCUAAAAUAGUCAGAAGUUCAUUAAUUAAUAAUAAACUGCAACGUAUUGAAGAGAAGUUCAAUAAACUAAACGACCACAGUAACAUUAAGUCAUUGCCUUAAAUCGAAACAAAAGUUUUAUGCCUAACGGUUUUUGUAGUAAAUGUCAAUAUAUGAGCAAAUCACUAAAUUUUUACGAACACCUUUGCAGAGAAAAGUGUGAAUACUGUCCUAAAAUAUAUUUAUAUAUAUUUAUAUAUAUAUCGGCAUAAAGGGUGCUCGAAGAAAAAAAUUAAUAAACAGUUAUCGAGUGUAAUAGUCGAAUAACUGCAAUACAAAGGACACACAAUAAAAAAUAUAUAUAUUGAAAAAAUAAUACUUUAGUUAAUUAGUGAAAAUCACACAUACAUACAUACAUACGUAUAUAUAUAUAUAUAUAUAUAUAUAUGCACAUAUGACUUUGAAAUGCGAAUCCUGUUAGUAUGUAUUCAGAACAUUGCGACUAAUUGAGUAAAUUUAUAUAGUGACGUCACUUCCGUUAUUAAUACGAAUCAAAAAAACUAAAAGAAAUUGCCUGUGCGCGUAUCAUUCUUCGUACACUGUAAAAAAUACCGCACAAUUGCUUCCAAAAUAAAAUAUUACGAACUUAGCGACAUAAGCCAUACAAAUGAAUUCGGCAAAAAAGGAGAUAUUUCACAAAGAAACCUCAUAAACUUGAAGUGAUUAAAAAUAGUGAAGAGGUCAAGAACUAAAAGUGAAGCUUGAUACCGUGCCUUAACCAUAUAGAGUGAGUGGAUUGUAACAGCUCGAAAAACGCAGAGCUGGAGUGAAACCGGUAACUUGCCUAAGGAUUCAAAAAGUUUUGAUAAAACGAGUUUAAGGAAUCCUAAGAAGUGCCAUUGAGAUAUUUGAACGGAUAUUUGAAAUAUAUCGUAGAACUGAGCCCAAAGAGAACAUACAGCGUUUAUACAAAGAUAGUCAAAAAGGAAACGGAGCGAGUUAUUGAGCUGCAAAUUCUUUUUUAUAUUAAAGAGGAAAAAAACAGACAUUAACUCUAAGCAACCAGAAAUCUGUAAAGCAUUUGAUUAAUAUUUAUAUACUUAUUAUUGAAAUAUCUAACUCGAUUCGGAGUAAGAAGCGCUUACACUCGCACUCACUUUUUGAAGAGGAAAACAUAUAUACAAAAGAUUGUCUAUGUAUGCACCGCAUGUCCAAAUUACUUGAAAUUUGAUCGCAUGAGUAGAAGCAGCAGUAAUUUAAUUAAUAUUAAAAGAAGAAUCAAGAGAACCUUUCGAAUGGUCGGACUUACCACAAUCUUAGAAUAUAAUAGAUAUAAUUGUAUACAAAAGUAAUUACGAAAUUCAUACAUAUCACGAAUUCGCAUUCUUGUAUGAAUUAAAUAUGGCAGAUAAAUAUAGCAAAACGACCUCUAGCAGCGUGUCAGUUGAAAAGAACGACAGAAAGAAAGCUACAAAUGCGCAAGCGACGCGCCAGUUGCCCGGCGAUGGCGCUUGCAGUAGCGCACAUCCUAAAAAUGUGCAAAUCCUUACGAAAUUGGCCAACACACUAAGCGAAAGCUACCAGUUGGUCAAGCAAAGACAAGAGAAAUACAAAGAACUGAGCUCCAAAAUGGGGGGUGCGGACGCACCAGAGCUCAUAAGCUAUACACAAGAUUGCGAUGAUGGCAGCUCCGGCGAGUGGCAGGAAGUGAAGAAUAAGCUGAAGCGUAAGAAGAAGUUAUCUGCUUCAUUGACGUCCGUUAGCGACUCGGUAAAUCAAGAAAAGCGCACUCGCAUAGAAGGUAUUCAGUUGAACUGUCGUGGCAAGUUGUACAUCACCGCCAUGCCGACGCCAGUGCCACAAUCAGCUACACGCAGUUAUGUAAGUGCUGGUGUGGCACAACGCGCCGAACGUUGGGGUGGUGCAAAAACGUCCGCGUCACCCACAAACACAAACAGUGCGCCACAUAAACAGAUGAAUGCAAGCAAUGGCGCGACGGCGCAGCCGACGAGCUUGAGCACAGCUACAGGAGCCGCGUGCAUCUCAGUGCCACCACCGCGUCUCAAACGGAAAAUUCAGGAAAAUGUACAGACGAUACAAAAACUGAAUGCGCUAACCGAACAGCUGAGGCUGGAGAUCAACGAACUGAAGUCGAGCUUAACAACGGAGCGCGGCGCUGUACGUGUGUUGCGUGCACAAAAUGAAUCAGAGACAAGAAAAUGGAGAAAUGAAGUUAAGAGACUACAAAAUGCUCUCGAAAAUUUGAAAAAGAACACCACUUUGCCGCUGAUCGGCGCCAAGAAGGCGACAGAUGCAGCCAAUGAAAUCUCGCCAAAUGCUUCCAUAGUUGGCAAUGCGACCAACUAUGAAGUACAAAGACUGACAAAUGAAGUUAUCGCGCUGAAAGAAGCGAAUAGACUCUUAGAAGAGAAAAAAAUGAUCAAUGGUGACGCUGAUAGACGUAAAGCAGCUGAUAUGCGCACAUUGAAAGACACCUACGAAAUCCGAUUGACUCAAUUAACAAAAUCUGCCAAAACUGAAAUUUCACGUCUGCUGGAGGAAAUAAAAACCAAAGAACGUAGUAUUGGGCAACUUAAAAAAGAAAUUCAAACGCUUCAGACACGGCCGCAGAGCCAGACUGAAGUGAAAAGCAGAAAUGCAACGAACAAUUCGCAAACGACGAAUAAAACGACGAAACCAAAGAAAAAUAACAACAAUAAUAAAACAAAAAAUAAAUCAACAAAAAAUAGUUUAAACGAAAUCAAUGCUUCCGCUUCCGUUUUGUCGAAAAAAUCGGAGGACAGCAAGGAUAUAGCUGGAGGAGAGGCUCAACAUCCAAAUGAGGUGAAAAACCUCAAGGAUAUUGAGCUGAUCAACAAUUCAAACAUUUUUAUACAAAGUAAUAUUAACUCGACGCCGCCGACGACAGGCGCAACAAAGGAUAACUUAGAAACAACAAAUGCAAACAAAAUACUCACCCAUACACAAAGCAAUCUCAAAUUGCAACCUUUGCAAAAUGUUAGUUUUAAUUUAAAUGUAAAUGUCGACGAUGAACAAAUUCACAACAACAACAACAACAUAACGUCAUCCACUAACACAUCAUCAACAACAACAAAAACAACAAGAGCCACAACAACAACAACAACACAUAAUGAGCAUUGUAACAAUUUACUAAAAACCACAACAACAAGAUGCAUGCCAUUCGAAGCGCUUAGUGCGCGCGAGCAACAGCUGCAGCCGCUUGAAGCAGCGGCGAUAGAUGAGCACCCAAUCGACAAGGUAGAAGACAAGGCAACUGCACAAAAUUCGGCAUCUAAAGGCAAAAUGUGUACAACAACAACCAUCACUUCAUCAACAACACAAACAGCGAACGCAGAUGAGCGACACCACAACGCCAGAAUACACGACGACAGAAUGAAGGAUAACAAUUCCGACUCGGACUCGGCGCUCUCAUCUGCCCCGCCAUCGAUAAGCCCACAGCCGCCACCGGCGGGGCUGGACACAGCCGAUAUCUGGCAAAUGAUCCGCACUUACAGCACCGACUUGCAGAAGCUACAAAAGGAUAAUGAAAUACUGCAAAAGGAAAAUGAACACUUGCAUGCGGAACUGAAUUUGGCCAAGGAGCAUAUUCUCGACGCCGAAAAGUCCAGCUUGGAGAUGAAUAAUAAUAAUGCGGCAUUACAACAACUUAUGGUGCGUAUAAAACAACUUGAGGAGCAGGAGCAUCAGCUGAGCACGGAGGCGGACGAGUUGCGUGAACAGAAUGAACUGUUAGAAUUCCGUAUACUUGAACUGGAAGAGAACAACGACAAGUGGUCACUGCAGAGCCAUGCAACCAGCCCUACUACAACAGACAGGUCACAAACAGUCACAGCAAACACUGCAAAGGAUAUUUGGACGAGUCGGGAAGAUCCAAUGCAGAUGAUCUUCGGGAAAUGUGGCAACGGUGAUGCAAACAUGAACUCGGGCAUCGCAUCUUCACAUAGUCAGCAGCGUGACGAACAUGAAGUCAAUUUAACGGAUCCCGCCAAUGAAGAGCUACGCCAUCGCAUCACACAAAUGCUAAAGAAGUCGGCGUUAGAUAGCGACGACAGGCACUGCCUGCAACAGCUGAUUCAAUUGGUGCAGCAUUUGGACAUGAUGGCGCAGCGCAGCGAACCAAACUCGUUAAAUACGACAUCGUGCUCAAGCGACGAAGCCAGCAGUUUGGAAAUGGUAAAAUCGCGUAUAUCGGAUUACGGCUCAGCAUCCUCAGCGUCAAGUGCUCGAUCCACGCACGAAGUCAGCAGUAGCAACAAUUCAAAUACAAAAUCGGCCACAAAAUCUGCUCCAUCUGCCGCAUCAUCGCCCAAUGCAGCACGCAUAGUUGCCACAGUUUCGCCCUACAAUAGUUCACCGCAGCAUCAGAUCGCAUACAACAAUAAUAAUUGUAGUAUCAAUCAGCUGGUGCCCACCAAUACACCAACAGAUUCACCACGCAAGUCUCGCCAAUCUUGGCAGAGCAACAGUCUUAGUGAGAGUGGGGUAUUCGUGGAGUCUGAUUUCUUGAGCGACGUUAGUGAGAAUAACGUCUGUACGCAGACCGAUUUUGAGGACGAGAGUGGCGUUACCCACGCUGCACGGGAUCUCUGCAACGAACUUCAAAAGCUCCAGUGCACUGAUUUGACGCGCAAAAGCGGAGUCCUUAAUUUGCCUGCCCGUUCGCCGAACACCUCUCAAUACUCACCAAAUUUAAGCGAACAAAAACAAUUGCAGUAUUACAAAGAUCGUCUCGCGCUUUUGGAAAGCAAAGUACUUAUAUAUGAGAGUUCUGGCGAUUUACAGAACAAGCGGUUAGCUGAUCGUCUGCAACGUGAGAUUUUAUUAGAGAAGGAAUUGAAGGAACUUAGAGACCGAGUUGAAUUUUUAGAAAGUGAGAAUUUAACACUUGAGGAGGAGAAGUGCGAAUUCGAAGAGGCUGAAAACGAUACACGUUUACGUCUACAACGGCUGGAGGUGGAACUGGAAAUACUCAGUCAGCGCAACGUUGAGCUGGAGAUGUCCAGGGAGGCACUAAGUGCCAAAUAUAAAGACUGUCGUUCUGAGUGUUUGAUUUUACGCGAAGAUUUAGGCGUUAGUGAGACGCAGAUUCGUCAUAUUGAAGAAGAUAAGCAGAAAGCCAAAGAAAAUCUUGAGAUACUUCAUAGUUUGAUACCCUUAAUUGUAGCCUACUACACCACGGUGGCGUACUCUCAUUGGACAAACAAUCAUACCAACGAAAAUCCAUAUCAACCAGGUAUAUCGAGAAAAACAUACAAGAUAGAAUUGUGUGAGGACAUUGAUAAUAAAAUGGGUAAUGUAAUGCCAAUGGUUACCGAUCGCGUGAAUGAUGUACUCCCCGCAUUUUCGGGUAAUCACUUCGAUCACGCAUCUCCAAUAGCAAACUUUAACUGCGAAAAUCAGUUCUAUAGAAAUGAAACUCCUGAAGUGCCUAAUUGUGUGUGCCAAUACCUGAAAGAGGAAGUUAAGUGUUUGCGAAAUCAGAUUAAAGAUUUAAAUUCUCGUCACUACGAAGCCAUGGAAUCGGCUGACACUCAUUGGGUGGAACUGGAACGCCAAUACAAGGAUCGCGAAGAAGCGUACCGUGCCAAGGAGUGCUGCCUUAAGGCGAAAAUACAGAAACUUCAGGACUGUCUGCGCGAUGAUGCACGAGCGGCUAAUGAAAAGAUUUGUCAAUUGGAAGACGCUGAGAGCGAACUAAAGAACUGUCUUGUACGCGUCUCGAAGGAGCAUCGCGAUUUGCUAGAUGAUAAUGAGUUUAUGCGUUGCGAAUACGAACGUCUGAAGGAGCAAUUAGAUGCGUUAAAGGCAAAGCAAAAGCCUACUCUUGAUCAGCUCGAGCAAGAGAAGAAGCGUAAUAAGACUUUGAAUGAUGAAUUGAGCUUUAUGCGAAAAUUGCAGGCAGAGACCGAGUGUAGAAAUUUAGCUGAAAUGGAAUCACUGCAAGGACAACUAUUUGAAUUAAAAAAAGAAUUCCUACACAUUGAAGUGACAAACAGUGAGCUAAAAGAGGAAGUGGCAACACUAGAACAGCAAAUUAUUAAAUUGCAACAUAAUGAGAAGGACUUAGAGGACAAAACCCGAGUACUCCAAGACGAGGUCAAAAGCAAGGAGGAGAUGGUGCAGAAGCUAGAAAAACGCCUGGAACGUUCAGAAGGCUAUAGUUUGGCACAGGAGCUUAGCGGUAGCCCUUCAAAACGUUUCAAACGUGAAGAUGUUAAGGAUUUAAAAACCGCUAGUACGGGUUUAGGGAAUGCAUUGCGCAAUUUCAAGGAAUGUGAGACAAGUCUACCUUCACACCAACAGUUUUCGAGUGUGGCACGCGAUGUAAAACGUUUGGCAGAUAGUCUGCUGCAUGGCGAUACGCCCGAAGAUGAGGUAAGCAUUACAAUAGAAAAUACUAAUGAGAAACCCCAAAAGUCCGAAAGCCCUGAGACAGAGCUAGCGGCGGACGAUGUAAUCGCUGAAGAAAAUCUUGAGAUUCCCGAAAUAGAUAUUGAGCCAGAAGCAAAUGAAAAUGAUGUAGAGACUACACAUGGGCAAGAUUUAACGAUUGCAAUGGCUUUGAUGCCACAAUUCGUUAUUGACGAAUGUCUCAUGCCCAUUUUCAUGCCCCCCAAACAAAAACCCACAUGUUUAAAGCAAAUUAGCGAGGUGCCAUCCGAGUUGCGCAUGCUUUCUACUGGUGCACGUGAGACCCCUAAGAUUUCUGAAACCUUUAAGCGUCUUUCCUUAGCAACUUCUCAAAGAAACCGAAAGCGACGUAUUAAGCGCCGCGUUCUCCAAACCCGAGUUCGUCGCAUAGUUUCGUGUUUCAACGCGCGUCGACCCACUCGAUUCCACGAUGUCAUUGAUAUUGAUAUAAGUCAAUCGGAGGUACUUCAACGUUUCGAUAGCUUCCAUUCUCUGCGGGAAGACACCACAGAACCACAUCACAAAAUGGACGCCUUCACAGAAACCAAUUUCGACAAGUUCGAUAAAGAAACUGAGACUGAAGGCAUCUAUAUCGAGAGUAGGGAGAGCAGUGUUCAGGUGAAUGAUGAUAUGAAUCCCGAAAGGAUGCUCGAUUGUGUGCCUUCACAGACUCGUAUGUUCAUCAAUCUGCUGAAAACAUCGGUCAUACAAGAUACUAUAGAGGUGACCGAAUUUAAUAAGAACCUACUUAAACGUUGGGAGGCAGAUAAAGAGUUUCGUGACGGCCUGGAAAUAUUGCAAACAUAUUCUGUUUUCGACACCAACAAUAACGAGCAAGUAUCUGCCGAGAAUUAUGAGCACUUUGUGAAUGCAAUGUCAUGCCUGCAUGUUCUUGAGGAGCUCUUCAAGCCGACUAAGGUGCUGAUCAUGCAACAAAUCGAAGAUCAAAUUAAUGAACAACUUAUGAACUUCCAUACCAAGCGCAUGGAGUCGGAGUUUUAUUGCACCGUUUACUAUCCGGUAAAAAGAGAAAUCAACUCGGAAAAUACCAACGAGUAUGAACUCCUCUUGACGAAUCCAAUGUGAAUACUAAAGGUCAUUGCAGAUUGGUCACUCAGGAUUUGAUUGUGGAACCUUUAAUGAAAGAACAAAUUUCUGAAAAAUAUAAAUCUGUAAAUAUCGAAUGUAUUUGGAAGUGUAUGACGAGUAUGUACAUAGUAGAGAUAUGUCUUUUUAAUACUACAAAUUUCAACAAAAUACCUAUGACCAAAAACAGUAAGUUGUGGGGAAAACUUGUAAUAAAUGAAUGUCUUAAAUAAUGGAAAUCAGGAAA